AUGAGUUCCAUUCGGCGCGUGUCCCCAACGGACCUCCUCUCCCUCAACCUCACCAACCUCGACCCGUUGACCGAAAACUACGACCUGGGCUUCUACCUCAACUACCUCAUGCGAUGGCCCUCACUCUUCAGCGCUGUCAAAGAUCGCACAGAAGGCAUAGUCGGAUACAUCAUGGGCAAACUCGAAGAACAACACCCUUCAAUGCGCCACUCCGAACACUACACCCCCUGGCAUGGACAUAUCACCGUGCUGACGGUUGCCCCAGCCUGGCGACGUCUAGGCCACGCGCGCCGCCUGACAGAGCGUCUCGAGCACGGCUCCGAUAUCAACGAUGCCUGGUUUGUGGAUCUGUACGUGCGCGCGGGGAAUAAGGUCGCUGUGGGGAUGUACAAGGGGAUGGGGUACUCUGUUUUCCGGCGUGUGGUCAAUUACUACAGCGAUGAUCCGACAGGGAUGUCGGAUUCGGGCGAGGAUGCGUUCGAUAUGCGCAAACCGUGCAGUCGGGAUAAGAAUUUGCAGCAUUUACGCGAGAAUGGGGAGGAGUUUCUGGUGAAUCCGGAGGAUGUUUCAUAG